UAUGGGGUGAGGCUAUGGUUUGUGAGUUGAGCAAUCUAAUGCAGAAGAAUUUUGGAAAGUUGUGAAAUGUUCACACUAAGUGGAUCACUUAAGGUGUUUGGGGGCGUUAGUUAGCAAAAUUCCAAGAGCCGCAUGGUCAUUAUUAGUCAUUACUAAUGAUUCGGGUCAGUGUAAGUAUUAAAAGCCAUCAUUUAUAGCUCUGUGUCAUAAAAUGAACAAAACAAAGAAAUCAACAGAUACAUCUACUCUCAUGUGAUGUGAAAAUAAAGUUAACGAUGAUUGUAAUGUACUAAUUCUCAAAAAUAUUCAGCAGACCUUAUUUGACCCGCCAACUCUUUUAAUUAAUUAUUAUCUUUUUGACCCAUUUCAUGAUGCUUGCCAUAUUCUAAUUCUUUAUUCCUAGGUUUCAACACAGAUGAUGACACGAAUAUUAUAACAGAUACGAUCAGACUAAUUGUUAUAUAUGUGGUCUGUCUACUCUUUUCAUCGACUAGAAUCAAAACUCAAUUUGAAGUUUUCUUGGUAAGGUAAAAUAUAAUUUUCUUACGCAUCUUUAGACGGGUCAAAACUUGUUAUGAUCUAAACUCUAUCGUAGCUAUAUAUAACAUUUGUAAAGACUGGCUUGCUUUUUAAGUCUUUAGAAAGAUCUAUUUGUUUGCUAAUAUUAAGAUCUUCUACAAUGUGUUCUCAUGAUGCUCUUCACUUCGUCGUAAUACCCUUUAUGGCCCAAGGUCAUAUGAUCCCAUUGGUCGAUAUCUCUAGGCUCUUGUCCCAGCGUCAAGGCGUGACCGUCUCUAUCAUCACAACUACUCAAAAUGUAGCCAAGAUCAAGACUUCACUCUCCUCUUCCUUUCCGACCAUCAACAUCGUUGAAGUUAAGUUUCCGUCUCAACAAACGGGUUUGCCAGAAGGGUGCGAGAGUGUAGAUAUGUUGGCUUCAUUGGUCGAUAUGGUGAAGUUCUUUGACGCUGCCAACUCGCUUGAGGAGCAAGUAGAGAAAGCUAUGGUGGAGAUGGUUGAGCGGCGGCCGAGCUGCAUUAUCGGAGACAUGAGCCUUCCUUUCACUUCAAGACUUGCCAAGAAAUUCAAGAUCCCCAAACUUCUCUUCCAUGGAUUUUCUUGUUUCAGCCUCAUGUGCAUACAAGUGGUUCGAGAAAGCGGGAUCUUAAAAGAUAUAGAAUCUAACGAUGAGUAUUUCGAUUUACCUGGCUUGCCUGAUAGAGUUGAGUUCACUAAACCGCAAGUCUCUGUGCUACAGCUUAUUGAAGGAAAUAUGAAAGAGAGUACGGCCAAGAUUAUCGAAGCUGAUAAUGACUCUUAUGGUGUUAUUGUGAAUAGUUUUGAAGAGUUAGAGGUUGAAUAUGCAAGAGAAUAUCGAAAAGCAAGGGCUGGAAAAGUUUGGUGCGUUGGACCUGUUUCUUUGUGCAAUAAGUUAGGGUCAGAAAAGGCUGAAAGAGGAGACAAGGCUUCCAUUGGUCAAGACCAAUGUCUUCAAUUUCUUGACUCUAAAGAAGCUGGUUCGGUGCUCUACGUUUGCCUUGGCAGUCUAUGUAAUCUUCCCUUGGCUCAACUGAAAGACCUAGGACUAGGCCUUGAGGAAUCUAAGAAACCUUUCAUAUGGGUUAUAAGAGAAUGGGGAAAAUAUGGGGAUUUAGCAAAGUGGAUGCAGCAAAGCGGAUUCGAAGAGCGGAUCAAAGGUAGAGGACUUGUGAUCAAAGGUUGGGCGCCCCAAGUUUUCAUCCUCUCACACGCAUCCAUCGGAGGGUUUUUGACUCACUGUGGAUGGAACUCGACUCUAGAAGGAAUUACUGCAGGAGUACCAUUAUUGACAUGGCCUUUGUCUGCUGAACAAUUCUUGAAUGAGAAGUUGAUCGUGCAGAUAUUAAAAUCAGGGUUAAAGAUAGGAGUAGAAAAAAUGAUGAAAUAUGGAAAAGAAGAGGAGAUAGGAGUGAUGGUGAGUAGAGAAAAUGUGAGAAAAGCAGUGGACGAGCUAAUGGGUGAUAGUGAAGAAGCAGAAGAGAGAAGAAGAAAAGUCAAAGAACUCAGUGACUUGGCAAAUAAGGCUUUGGGAGAAGGAGGAUCUUCAGAUGCUAAUCUCACAUUGCUCAUUCAAGACAUUAUGGAGCAAACAAAACAACAUCAAAUUUGAAUGGGAGAAUUCUCAAGGAUUGUUGUUGGGAUUUGAUAUUUGACAUGAUCAGUACGAUUGUUGUUGAUUGAUUGAGAAAAAAAAAAAUAUGGUUGUAAAAUAUUUUAAGUUUGUAAUGAAAUGAAAACAAAGUUAAUAAAAUAA